AUUUCGGUGACGCAUUUUUCUCCGGUGAUUGGAGGAGAACCAAAGACUCAGAGAGACGGCGAACGACGACGAAGACGAAGAGCGUGGAGAGAGUCUACCUCUCUCGACGAUGAAUUCCAUGAGGACUAAUCCUGUCCUUCCGGUUUCCGAUCCUCCUCUCGCCGGUGAAAAUGAUAGCGACGGUAAAGGUGUUGAUGAUCGGCUUUUCAAAGGAUCCGCCAUGACCAAACGUGGAGCUUACGCUGCUCUUUCUUACAUGGCCUGUGCUGUUAUGCUUGUGCUGUUCAAUAAAGCAGCUCUAUCUUCCUAUGAUUUCCCGUGUGUGAACGUUAUCACGCUAUUCCAGAUGGUUUCCUCUAGCUUGUUUCUAUAUGCCUUGAGGCGCAGGAAGAUCAUCUCCUUCACAGCUGCUGAUUCUUUUUCUAUUGAUAAUGCCUCAAAUUUUGUGCCAGUGAAGACAUUGUUUCACACCCUUCCUCUAUCAAUAGCCUAUCUUAUGUACAUGCUAGCCUCUAUGGCAUCUGUUAGAGGGGUAAAUGUUCCCAUGUAUACCACGCUUAGGCGUACUACAGUGGCAUUUACUAUGGUGAUUGAGUACAUGCUCACAGGUCAGAGAUAUACACGGUCUAUCAUUGGAAGUGUUGGCGUUAUCCUGCUUGGCGCAUUUUUUGCUGGAGCUAGGGACUUGUCAUUUGACUCUUAUGGAUAUGGUGUUGUUUUCUUAGCCAACAUAUCAACAGCAGUAUAUCUAGCAACCAUUGCCCGUACUGGGAAAUCAAGUGGCUUGAAUAGCUUUGGCCUUAUGUGGUCCAAUGGAAUUAUAUGCGGACCUAUAUUGAUGAUUUGGACAUUUAUUUGCGGCGACUUGGAGAAGACAAUUAACUUUCCUCACCUCUUAUCUCCUGGUUUCAUGGUUGUAUUACUCUGCUCGUGCGUGCUGGCUUUUUUCUUAAACUACUGCAUUUUCCUUAACACCACUCUCAACUCAGCUCUGACGCAAACAAUUUGUGGCAAUAUGAAGGAUCUAUUCACGGUUGGACUUGGCUGGCUGCUCUUUGGAGGACUCCCAUUCGACCUGAUGAAUGUGAUUGGACAGCUUCUUGGUUUCUUCGGGUCAGGUUUAUAUGCAUAUUAUAAGAUCAUCGGGAGGUGACUUUAGAGUAGUAUUAAUAAUGCGAGGCCUAAUUUUUUUGAACUUUUGUCUUGAUCUUCUUCAGUUUUCAACAAGGCGAAACAUACUUUGGGUUAUGGAGAAACUGAUUUUUUACAUUGUAGAGAGACUUGGUUUUUUACUGAAUCAAAGAGUAAAGCAUUC